GCCAUGUUGGUUGGCGUUCAAUGAGUGUGGUUUUUGUUCGCCGUUGGCUUGUGGCUUUUUUGAUAGCCAUAGGAAUUAUUUUUAUAAUUUUUAUUACCCUCAGGAAGUCUUAUCAAGAUUCAGAUGUCCUUGAAGUUCCCACUACUGAGUUUCAGUGGAUCAAUAUUGAGAACUUGACUGAGUUUAGAGAUUGCAGAAAUUCUAUCCAAGGAGCUCUAUUGAUUGUUGAUGAAAGAGGAUUUGUCUGUAAUCAUAAAGACCUCUCUGCUAGUGGGUGUUGUCACAGUGGUGGAGAGAGCACUAAGCGUUAUGAGUGCAGAUACUGUCAGAACAAUAACUGUUGUAGCAUUUAUGAACACUGUGUUUCCUGUUGUUUAAACCCAGACAAUAAAAGAUUGCUAGAACAAAUUUUAAUACUUGGAUCGUCAGUGCCUAAUGUGAUUUUCAAGUCUGUCAGCGACCAGUUUGAGCUGUGCUUGCUGAAAUGCCGCACUUCCUCCAAGAGUGUGUGGCAUGAGAAUUCAUACAAAGACAAGACAUUUAAACACUGUUUUGGACUUACAGGACCAGAGUUUGCUGGAGCUUUUUAGUUGUUUUCUUUUAACUUGAAAUCAGCGACGUCAGCUCAGGAAAAUUUUUUUCUACAAGUACAAGCAAAAAUCGAAGAAUUAAAAAUUGAAUCAUCAAGUGAUGAGCAGCCAUUACCAUUUGGUGUGGUUA